ACACAGGGAGGGGAACAUCACACACCGGGGCCUGUGGGGGAGUUGGGGGAAGGGGAGGGAGAACAUUAGGACAAAUACCUAAUGUAUGCUGGGCUGAACACGUAGAUGACAAGUUGACGGGUGCAGCAAACCACCAUGGCACAUGUAAACCUAUGUAAUAAACCUGCACAUUCUGCACAUGUAUCCCAGAACUUAAAGUAAAAUUUAAAAAAAAAAGAAAGAAUUAUUGGCAGAAUUGUUGGCAGGUGUCAUGGGAGCGGUGUCAAGUUGGCAGGAGUUGCCCAUGGAACUGGAGAAACUCACUAGAGCAGAUGAAGAAGUGACCCAAUCUGGACGAUGGGAAUUCCUGGGAAUGAACAGAAGCCCUGCAUGGGUGACUGUGUCACUAGAGGCGGGCACCUGGUAAAGUCCCAGGCUAGGCCUCUGCGUUUCUAAGCAGAACUAGGAGCAGGCGUUGCCUGGGAACCCCGCCUUAUGUUAUCGAAUCCUGAGUGUUUUGGACUAGUCUCAUGAAGGCAGGCAUUCAAGGAUAUUUGGUCGGAUCAUCCGACGGCACUAAACCUUUUUUUUCCAAGUGGACCAGGUAGUUCACUAAAGUCGCCGUGAUGUCGUCCUGGCUUGGGAGCCUCGGCUCCAGAUGGGGCCAGUCUCCGGGUCAAGUCGGGGGCAGCCUGGCUUCCCUCACUGGCCAGAUUUCAAACUUUACAAAGGUUAUGCUGAUGGAGGGCUCAGAGGAAGUGGAAGCAGAAUUACCUGAUUCCAGGACAAAGGAAAUUGAAGCCAUUCAUUCAAUCUUGAGAUCAGAGAAUGAAAGGCUUAAGAAACUUUGUACAGAUCUAGAAGUGAAAUAUGAAGCAUCAGAGCUUCAAAUAAACCAGCAUUCUACAAUGCUGUUUAUUAAUGCUUUUUAAUGUUUAAAAAGCAUUCUACAAUGCUUUUUGUUGAAGUUGAAAUCAACUUCAACAAAAAGAGGUAGAAAUCAGACAUCUUAAAGCCAGACAGAUUGCCUCCAGGAUCAGUUGCUGAAACUGCAGUCAGCUGCUCAGUCAGUACCUUCAGCAGCUGGCGAUGUACCAGCAACCACUGCAGCUUCAUUCAUUUAUGUGAUUAGUCAUCAUUCUUCAGCUUUCCAUGAUGAUGACAUGGACUUUGAGGACACAAUUUUGUCCCAACAAGAAAUAAACCGACUCUUAAAUGAAGUUUCAAGGCUUGAGUCUGAAGUUGGCUAUUGGAGGCAUAUUGCUCAGACUUUGAAAGCAUGAGGAACACAUAGCUCUGCCCAAAGUGAAACAUGCAAACUACAAAAUAUCAUUAAGGAACUGAAACAGAACCAAAGUCAGGAAAUUGAUGACCAUCAACAUGAAAUAUCAGUACUGCACAAUGCACAUCAACAGAAAUAAGUCAACGACAUCGAGAAGAAUUAAGUGACUAUGAAGAACGAACUGAAGAACUCAAAAAUCUGCUACAAUAAGGUGGCUCUGGAGUUACAGAAAUUGAUCACUCUGAAGUCUAUGAGAUGCAAAAAAACUACUCAACUUCUACAAACAGAAAAAGUGGAGUCUACCAAAAAAAUUGAGGAACUUGAGGAUAAAAUAAAAGAUAUAAAUAAAAAAUUAUCUUCUGCAGAAAAUGGUAGAGAUAUUUUGAGGAGAGAACAAGAACAGCUAAAUGUGGAAAAGAAACAGCUUUUAAAUGCAGUUAAAUCAGUGCAGGAGAAGACAGUUGUAUUUCAACAGGAGAGACCAAGUCAUGUUGGCCCUGAAACAAAAACAAAUGGAAAACACUGCCCUACAGAGACAGGUUCAAUGUUUACAUGACUAAGAAUUUCAGUCAAACCAGAAGCUAGAGAGACUGCGUAAUCAUCUUUUAGAAUCAGAAGGUUCUUAUACCAGUGAAGCUUUGGCCUCAGAAGAUAGAGACGCUAAACUAAGAAAGAAAGUCACAGUAUUGGAGGAAAAGCUAGUUUCAUCCUCUACUGCAAUGGAAAAUGCAAGUCAUCAAGCCAAUGUGCAGGUAGAGUCAUUGCAAGAACAAUUGAAUGUAGUCUCCAAGCAAAGGGAUGAAACUGCGCUGCUGCUUUCUGCCUCUCAGCAACAAGUAAAGCAGUAUGCUCUGUCACUGGCCAACCUGCAGAUGGUACUACAGCAUUUCCAAAAAGAGGAAAAAUCUAUGUAUUCUGCUGAACUACAAAAGCAAAAACAGCUUAUAGCUGAAUGGAAGAAAAAGGCAGAAAGUUUGGAAAGAAAAGUGAUAUUACAGGAACGUUUGGAUGAAGCAGAUGCUGCAUUGGAUUCAGCAUCAAGACUCACAGAACAGUUAGAUCUAAAAGAAGAACAAAUUGAAGAACUUAAAAAACAAAAUGAGUUCCAACAAGAAAUGCUGGAUGAUGUACAAAAGAAAUUGGUGAACUUAGCAAACAGCCUAGAAGGAAAAGUGGACAAAGUCCUAAUGAGAAACCUCUUCAUCAGUCAUUUCCACAUGCCAAAAAAUCAGCGUCAGGAAGUGUUACGGUUGAUGGGCAGCAUCCUGGGGGUCAGAAGGGAGGAGAUGGAGCAGUUGUUUCAUGACGAUCAGGGCAGUGUUACCAGGUGGAUGACUGGGUGGCUUGGAAGAGGAUCAAAAAGUGUUCCCAACACACCUUUGAGACCAAAUCAGCAAUCUGUGCUUAAUAGUUCUUUUUCAGAACGUUUUGUUAAAUUUCUAGAAACAGAAUCUCAUUCAUCUGUUCCACCACCAAAGCUUUCUGUUCAUGAUAUGAAACCUCUAGAAUCACCAGGAAGGAGAAAACUAGACACAAAUGCACCAGAAAGUUUUAAAGAUACAGCAGAAUCCAGGUCAGGUAGAAGAAGAGAGGUAAAUCCGGUUUUGGCUCCUCGCUCGGCAGCUGUACCUCUUAUUAACCCAGCUGGACUUGGACCUGGUGGGCCCCAGCAUCUUCUUUUGAAACCCAUCUCAGAUGUUUGGCCCACAUUUACACCUUUGCCAGUGUUUCCUGACAACAGCGCUGGAGUUGUGUUGAAAGACACUGGAAAACAAUAGAUGAUUCUCAAGCCAGAGACAAUCUAGCACUUUAAAGAAACCAUGAACACUAUAUGUACUUUAUCACAAAGCAGCCUUUUAGAAAACGUCACGUAUUUAUUUGUAGUUAAUGCUUUCUCUGAAUUUAAUAAAAAUAUUCCUAAUGCUUUUAGAAAUUGCAGGUGUCAAGAGGAAGUGUUUGCUAUAUCAUCUGAUUUAUUCCUUCUGAUUUGACUUAAUUUAAGCUAGGAACAUUUGAUUUAUCUUUUAUCUUAAUUUACAAAAAUACAGACAGACAAAAAUACUAGUAGCUAUAUGUUAGCUUUCUGUUUCCUUCUGUGAUUUCCAAGCACAUUUAAGCUAGAGAUUGUGGUUUGUCAAGAGAGUUUUUUUUUUUUUAAUGAAGAAUAAAAAAAUACUAGUAGUGCCUUCUCUGCAUAGUGUGGAAAGUUGAUCUGAAGCAUAUAGUGAUCAUCUUUGGAGGACUUUGUGGAAACAGGCCAACAAGAUGGUCCCUGGAAGGUCAUUGGUGCCCUGAGACGAAGUAUGUAUUUGGUCCUGUGCAAUGUCAGCAUGUGUGUAAAUUCUUUCGUUAUUGUUGUUGUUGUUUUAAAUAGAGAUGGGGUCUCACUAUGUUGCCAAGCUGUUGUCAAACUACUGGGCUCAAGUGAUCCUCCCACUCGGCCUCCCAAAGUGCUGGGAUUACAGGCAUGAGCCACUGUGCCCAGCCCUGGGUGUAGAUUCUUGUGACUACCACCACAGUCAAGAUACAGAACACUUCCAUCACAACCAUCCCCUGUGUUGCCCUCUCAUAAUCGUAGCCACCUCCCUGUCCCUCUCCUGAAUCCCUGACAAUCACUAACUGUUCUCCAUCUCAGUCAUUUUGUUAUUUAGAGAAUGUUAUAUAAAUGAAAUCAGUGUGUAACCUCUUGAGACUGGUAUUUUUUCACUCAGCAUAACUCCCUUGAGAUCCAUCCAAGUUUUUGGAUGUAUCACUAGUUUGUUCCUUUUUAUUGUUGGGUAUAUAGUGCAGAUAUAUCACUUAGUUUUAACAGCUAAGAUAUCUAUUUAAAGACAUCAUCUUAAAACUACAUGUUUCUUUACACAAAUUCAUACAACUUUCAUAUAAGUGUUAAACCAUACAGCUGCAUCUACAUAAGUAUAAUUAGCAAUAUCACUGAACAUGCCACUUCCUGAUAUAUGAGGUACAGCAAUCUGAGACUCAACUGUUCUCAUCACAGUAGCGACUGAGGGCAUGAAUUUGCUUUGAUAGCACCAGUACCCAGAUGUCUGAAACUGAAGAGAGUAUUUCUUUAAUUUUUUAUAAACCCAUCAUAAAAAAAUCCUGACUUGAAACUUAACUGUAUCUGGAUGUUCACAUUUUUAUUAGUUGUUGAAGUUGUACAUUUAAAAAGACAUUUCUUGCAAAUUUUGUAAAUUUCUAUAUGCCUUUAAAAUAGAAACAUUUGUGUAACAAAGAAAGGUGAAAAUGAGACAAAUUCAAAUAUGUAAAUAGGCCUGGCUCAGGCCAGAACUAAAUUCGGUUGUUUGCAAGUUUUGCUGUGAUUAACUGUACUUUCUAAUAUAUUUGGAAGACUAGAAGUCUUAAUUGGACGUUGAUGGGUGAAACUUGUUUUUCUGAAAAAUGAAGUAACUGAGAAUGCUGCUUCAGAAUGUCUCCUAUCUCCUUGGAUAACUAAUUCAUAUUGCCAUUCUUUAUUUAGUAUACUUUAAAGGAAGUGGUCAUACAAGUUCUGUAUUAGAACUGUCAAGCUGCCUCCUCUUGGUUUUUUGCCCAUUAUUAUUUCUCUAUGAGUUGUUUACCCCUUGGUUUUUUGGGAGGGUUUUUUGUUUUUUGUUUUUGAGAUGGAAUUUCAUUCUUGUCACCCAGGCUGGGGUGCAAUGGCAUGAUCCCGGCUUACUGCAACCUCCACCUCCCGGGUUCAAGAGAUUCUCCUGCCUCAGCCUCCCAAGUAGCUGGGAUUACAGGUGUGUGCCACCAUACUAGGCUAAUUUUUGUAUUUUUAGUAGAGACAGGGUUUUGCCAUGUUGGCCAGGCUGGUCUCAAACUCCUGACCUCAAGGGAUCCACCUGCCUCAGCCUCCCAGAGUGCUGUGAUUACAGGCAUGAGCCACUGCACCCGGCCUACUCCUUGGUUUUUAUAUACUCCUAACAAAGAUACUUUCACUGACUAUUCUACAUUAUUUGCUGCUUGCCAUUGAAGUUUCAUUUCAGUGUGGAGCAAAUGAAAUACUAGUUUCUAAGUUAAACACACACACACACGGUCCUUUAUUUUUAAGAAAUAGAAUAUGUAAAAAGUUUUCUCUUUUAAUUUGAAAAAGAUAUGCAUGGUAUUUAGGUAGUAUGUCAUCAUACUUGAAAUGCCUUUUGUGACAUUUUUUAGUAUUUCCUUCUCCGACCAAAACAACCUGUCCCCCUCUCAUCCCAUAGUUUAACAUAAUUUUAAAAGCUGUUGUGGGUGGAUUGCAUAGCUAAACAUCACAGAGCAUGAUAUUAAAUGGCUGCUAUUUAAAUAAGUAUGUGACCUUGUCCUACAGCUAUACUACCUAAUGUUUCCAUUGUGUCAUUGAAACUAUAGCUGACUGGUAUGCAUACUUAGUGUUCGCUGAUCUAAACCAGAUAUAACGUAUCGAUUUUUCUGAAACUUAGUUGUGUCAGAGAUGAACCACCUGCUCACAGAACUGUCUUAGUAACCAGACAGUGAUGAAGCAUAUAAUUCUAAUGUUGGCAAUAGGACAUUGCUAACAGUGCGUUUAACUGCAACAUUUUAACUACAGUAAUUUUUCUGUUUAUUUCUCUAUCCACUCAGAAUUUGUGGUUGAAUUCCACCUUCUCUGCCAUAGUUUUUCACCACAUUCCUAAUGGUUUCCAACCUCUAUACUGUAGUAGAAAAUUCAUCCAGCCAUUGAAUUUAAUUUUAGCAUAAUACUGGAUCAAAUUGUCUGAAUUUUCAUUCCUGCCAUUCUUGAUUUUUAAAAAAUGAAAGGAAGAAAAAACAAAACUAAACAAAACCUUAGGAAAAAAGGAAUGGCUUCUUUCCAACUAGCCAAUUUAAACGUCCAAUAUUCCCCCAAAUAAAGCCUUUGGCUCCUUUUAACCUCUUAAUGGUUAAUUGAAAAGAGUACAGAAACUAUCAAAAUACUUAUCCAAUCAAUAGAUGGGGGGGAAAGCUAUGUCUUCAGGGACAGAAGAGUAAUGAGAAUUAUUUAGAAAAUGCUAUCACGCAUCAAACUUGAAAGCAUUUGAACCUGAUUUUUAAAGAUAAUGAAGUUUUCCACAUAUCAAAGUAUUUAAAACAUCUUCCAUCAACAAAAAUUUGUAUUUAAUUUUGUAAAUAUUGAGUAAGGAUAGGUGAUAUUUAUUUUAUAUAUUCCUAUGGAAAAAAAUGCUACUUUCAUGUUCUGACAUUUGUGAUUAUUUGCCAGUCUUUAUCUUUUAACUUAUUAAAAAGUUAAAUACUUAUUAAGAUUUCACUACAUAAAACUGAUAAAUUGUCUUUUGAUUUUUAGUGAAAUAUCUAAAUGUGGGAAAUUUCCAAUCCAACCUUAAUAUUAAGUUGUGUUAUUUACAGAGCUAAAGUUAAUGCAUUUUUUAAUUUCUCAGGACCACUGCAAGGUGAAAAAAUACUCCAAAUAAAAAUGAUAUAUGUAAGUUGGCAAUGUCUUCAUUCACAAUCAAAAAAAAAAUUUUAGCAAACAAAAGAAGAAUUGUUGACAUAGCCACCUACCAUGUGCCAGGAACUGUUCCAAACACUUUGCACAUAUCCAGUCAUCUAACUCUCCUAACUACCAUUGCUACCGUUGCAAAAUGAGGAAACUGAGCCUUGGAGAGAUAAAGUAACAGCUCAAACUCACACAGCUGCUGAGUGGCCCAGCCAGCACUCAGUGGCCUGGUUCUAAAACCCGCACUUGCUGCUAUUCUAGACGGCGUCUGAUUUUUCCCUAGAAUUUAUAGACAGAUAUACAUGACAGGCAGGUAGAUAGAUAGAUAUAGAUAGAUAGAUAGAUAGAUAGAUAGAUAGAUAGAUAGAUAGAUAGAUGAUAG